GAGUAUAGUAAUAUGACUAAUGAUAAUAUUAGUGUUAAUAAUAUCGAUAUUGAUAAUAUUAGUGUCAAUAAUAUUGGCAUUAAUGAUAUUGGUGUUCAAGAUAAAGAUGCUAAUAUUGAAGUCGAAAAUAUUGUUAUUAAAGAUGGUUUUAAUAAUUAA